CGGGGGGUCGCAGCAACUCCCAAUAAUUUCUGGACGACGACCACUUCCCACCUAUCGAAGUUGACGAGUCCAGUACGAUUACAAUCACCGUCUUAAACGACCGGAGAACGAGUUCCACAACUUCAUUUCCCUUAUACGACCGCACCGUCAUCGCAAUGGAUCAAAUCAAGGAGCUGGCCGAUGUGCCGCAGGAGUUUGUUAAGGACGGCAUGCUGUUCAUCAACCGGUGCACCAAGCCUGACAAGCGGGAAUUCCUCAAAAUCUGUCAAGCAGUGGGCGUUGGUUUCAUAGUCAUGGGCGUCAUUGGAUACAUUGUCAAGCUCGUGCACAUCCCUGUGAACAACAUCUUGGUGGGCGGCUCGUAAACGAGGAGACCCGAAGCGAAGCAGAAAGGCAUGGGAGCUUGGACGAAUGAGUGCAAGCAAGAGCGAGGUGUACACUCGGAAAGUCCAAACACCAAAACCGAUCGAUAUCACAUUUGCGGAGAAUGAGAUUGCGAGGCCGGAGAGCGCCAGCCAAGCGCCAGGACUGUACAACAUGAAGCAUUUGGGGAGCGGGAGUUUGAUCAUCCAUUCAUAUAUACACAUCAUGAGCCAAUUCAUGUUCAUUCGGAUACCCAGAAAGCUCUUGGGACCUGAUUUCGAA